AUAUUUUAACAACAGUAUCGCCAUUCAUCAAGCCUCAGCUGCCACCAAAGUGCUCCCCCUCCACAAAAGCACAAUGGCAUCCUUAAGGCGACUUCCGAACCCUCAGAUGUACACCAUCGGGUGGAUCACCGCUCUUGACAAGGAGCUCACCGUAGCGCAGGCUGUGCUUGACGAAGAGCACCAAAAGCCGGAAAACUUCAGAAAACACCCAAAAGAUACAAAUAACUAUAUCUGGGGUCGCGUCGGAGACCACAACAUCGUUAUUGUUGGUAUUCCUUUCACAGGGAAUUUGGUUCGAACCGUAGGGUCCUUGGGGUGACGA